CAGUGUACGGCAGCUUGGAGGCGAAUGUUAUCAGAGAAUUGAUACUUAUUGCAAAGACCAAAAACAAGUUGGUCGAACAGUGAGCAUGUCAAGCCAUUUGUGCCUUUCAAAUUCAACAAAACAUGUUUGGAUAUAGAAUUGCACCUCCUCAAAGAAAUCACAGUUUUCAUUCUCACGAGAAGUUGAGGAAUUUUAACUCGAUAGACCGUGGCAUGGAUAAGUCCCAGUUCUGGAGCUGUUCAGUGGGAGAGCCUUUUAAAAGCGUCUGAGAGAGUAAACAUAACAUAACUCCAGGAUGCGUCGCUUCAACAAGCUGAAGAGAUCUAUUCCGUUCCUGGCACGUUUUCAUAUUUAUAAAAAGCUCAGUGGGAGCAUGCAGUCAGAUGAGGGAACAGAGUGGCUUCUUGAACUCCUCACUGAGGUGCAGUUACAGCAGUACUUCGUCCGCAUCCGCGACGUCAACGUUACCCGCCUCUCCCACUUUGAUUACGUGAAAAAUGAGGACCUCGAGAAGAUUGGCAUGGGGCGACCCGGCCAAAGGAGGCUAUGGGAGGCUGUAAAACGCAGGCGAGCUAUAUGCAAACGCAAGUCCUGGAUGAGCAAGGUGUUUAGUGGCAAGCGCCCUGAAUCUGAGUUCCAACCUCAACCAGGGACCACGUUCCGAAAACGCUCGAUGACUCCGCCACCUGAAGGGAACCAGACAUUGACCUGCCUGAUCAGCGAGAGGGACCUGACUCUUCAAGAGAAGCUGGGCGACGGCUCCUUUGGAGUUGUGAAGCGUGGCGAAUGGCAGACUCCUGCAGGAAAAAUUCUGAAUGUGGCAGUGAAAUGCUUGAAAACAGACGUGUUAAAUCAGCCUGAUGCUUUGGAUGACUUUAUCCGUGAAGUCAAUGCCAUGCAUUCUCUGGAUCAUCUCAACCUCAUUCGCCUGUAUGGUGUUGUACUCACCCAUCCCAUGAAAAUGGUUACUGAAUUGGCUCCUCUAGGCUCUCUGCUAGACCGUUUGAGGAAGAACCAGGGUUACUUCCUCAUCUCAACACUGUGUCAAUAUGCAAUCCAGAUAGCAAAUGGCAUGGCAUACCUAGAGUCUAAACGCUUCAUUCACCGAGACCUGGCAGCAAGGAAUAUCUUACUAGCCUCGAACGACUUAGUGAAGAUCGGGGAUUUUGGACUCAUGAGGGCCCUUCCGCAGAAUGAUGAUCAUUAUGUGAUGCAGGAGCAUCGCAAAGUUCCCUUUGCUUGGUGUGCUCCUGAAAGUUUGAAGACUCGUACAUUCUCACAUGCCAGUGACACCUGGAUGUUUGGCGUCACGCUGUGGGAGAUGUUUACAUACGGACAGGAACCUUGGAUAGGGCUGAACGGGAGUCAGAUCCUGCAUAAGAUAGAUAAGGAGGGAGAGAGGUUGCAGCGACCUGAAGACUGUCCCCAAGAUAUUUACAAUGUGAUGCUUCAAUGCUGGGCACACAAACCUGACGACCGCCCCACGUUUGUGGCGCUGCGAGACUUCCUGAUUGAGGCCCAGUCCACAGACAUGCGAGCAUUGCAAGAGGUCACGGAGCCAGAUAAACUGCAGAUUCAGGUGGACGAUGUCAUCACGAUCAUCGAAGGCAGGGCUGAAAAUUAUUGGUGGAGGGGUCAGAACAAGCGCACGCUGAAGGUGGGACAGUUCCCACGAAACACAGUGACGUCCGUUGCAGGCUUGUCAGCUCAUGACAUCAGCCAUCCACUCAAGAACAGCUUUAUUCACACGGGCCAUGGAGACACCAAGCCAGAGUGCUGCUGGGGCUUCCCCGACAAAAUAGACGAGCUAUACCUAGGUAACCCCAUGGAUCCACCAGAUGUGCUUGGACUUGAUUUGAAGAUGACCAGGCCAACCCAGCUCCCAGGAAGGACAAAAAAGGAGCCACCUCCACGCCCCCCUCAGCCGUCUGCCCUCAGCAAGAAGCCCAUCUAUGACCCUGUGAUCGAUGAAGAAGUUGUGGCCUCCACGCCUUUAAAAAGACUCAGCCUGAAGAAACCGGGCCCAAUGAAGACUUUGAAGGUCAACAAACCUGCUGCCCGUGUUUAUGCCACAAAGAUGGGUGAGAAGCCUUGUGAUGUGAGUAAAUUCGCAGGCCACAUGAUCAAUGAUGUGGCUCUCAUCGACUUUGGAGAUGAACUGGCAAGUCAGACUCCAUCCCCAGUGUUGGAAACCACUAUUCCCACACUAGCCAAGCUUGUAUUGGAUUCUUAUUCCCUGCUGGAUAGGACACCACCCCAGAGUCCAACCAGGACCUUACCCAGGCCUCUGUACCCUGUCCCUAUAGUUGAUUGGGAUUCCAAGCCCCUACCUCCACCUCCUGCCUAUGAUGAUGUUGCCCAGGAUGAAGAAGAUUUUGAAGUCUCCUCUAUUACCAGUCCUGAUACUGUGUUACUUGGAGAAGUGUCGAAAUAUGGAACUGUUCAUCUGCCAAAAAACAAAGACCCAAAAGAAACAAAUCAGGGUUUUGUUCAUGACCCAGAUGGUAUGGGGAAGCUCAAAGUGGAGGAUAAUUUGUUCCUGCAGCCCAGGCAGGGCAGACAGAGCAACUUCUCCCAGUCUACUGAGAUAUUUGAGGAGCUUCAACAGGAAUGCAUGAAGAGACUCAACGUCCCCGUUAUUUCAUCACCAGCACCUACAUCAAGCCCUGUCUCCUUAUCAACAAGUGUAUCGCCUACCAUUUGUGAUGAUAAACCUCAGAUCCCACCACGAAUUCCCAUCCCCCCUCGGCCACUAAGGAGAAAUGAGCUGGGACGAUGGUCUGGUGAAAUGUCCCCUGCAUCUGGAGGUGAGGAGGACAAGCCUCCACAAAUUCCUCCUAGGGAUCCCUUGUCCCAGCCAUCCUCAAGAACUCCAAGUCCCAUGGGACUUCCCAUCAAUUUACCUCAACAGAGGGUAGCUACGUGUUCCGCAGCAAUGUUAACUGUAGGCCCCUACCUCUCAACAUCUCCCAGCAAGUUGAUGCCUACUACCCAGAGCUUUGCCUCUGACCCCAAAUAUGCUUCGCCCAAGGUAAUUCAGGCACAAGGAAAAGACAAUAAGGGGCCUUGCAUUCUGCCAAUUGUGAAAGAUGGGAAGAAGGUUAGCAAUACCCAUUAUUAUUUGCUUCCAGAGAGACCGUUCUAUUUGGAUAAAUAUGAGAAAUUUUUUAAAGAAGCUGAGAGCGUUGAUGAACUCAGCUUAAAAAAGACUGUAUCCACUGCAACAGUGAGGCCUAUGGUCCAGCACCCAGAGUACAAAGCCAACUUCUCAUCCAACAACAGCAACAUGGGACCUAAGAUCACAGCUGCAAAAUGUCCUCACAGCCUGCAGAGAGCCAGCUUCGAGGGCUUCAGUAACAAGACAGAUAAUGUUACACCUUCAGACAGAAUUAAAAUAGUGCAGGAGAAUGUUCAUGGUGUGACAACAGAAGAAUGUCAGACUGCACUGCAGAACCACAGCUGGAAUGUGCAGAAAGCCAUACAGUACCUCAAGAUUGAACAGCUUUUCUGUCUUGGGCUGAAAACGAGAGGGGAGUGUCAGAAGAUUCUGGAAAUGUUUGACUGGAACCUGGAAUUAGCCAGUUCCCAUCUGCUAGACAUGUACGGCACGUCUCGGCAUAGACGAUGACCACCUUCUCAGCAGGAGCAGAGCUUGUUAUGAACUGGAUAUUUUUCUCCCCUACCUUAAUCUCUACUCAGUGUUUGGGACUUUGCUGGGGCUCUCUGCCUAUUUUGUGUGGACAGAAUUUCUGGAAUAUUUCCUUGAAGCAAAGAUCGUAUUAAUGUAGCUCUUACCAGUAUCUUGCCAUACUACAUCCAACUUAUUAACUGUUACUGAAAGAUUAGAGGUCAUCUUCUGAAAUAACAGUAUUCAAAAGCAACAGAGUAGUUAUUUUAUUGGUGAAAAUAUUUGUACUUUCGUGGCAUGCUGUAACUCGCCAGCCUGCUGUUUUUUUAUAUAUAUAUAUAAAUAUAUAAUAUAUAAUAUAAAUUUUAUUUGAGGAAUCUCAGCAGUAGAUUUGCAGUUUACUUGUGUUUUAUAUUUUGCAUUGGAUUUGCUAUUUUGGGUGUUGUAAUAAUUUUUAUUUAAUUUUGUUUUUCCUCCUCCACAAGACUGUUUCCAUUAAGUUUCUGGAUUUGACGCUGAGGUAAAAUUACUAUAUUUUGCUCAGUCAAAAGCUACAGACUUCCAAAAAUGUAUUGGUGGCGGUUUGUUAAAAGAGAUCAGUCAUGCCAAAUGUAUCUGUUUUUCCUUCCCUUACUCUACUGGGUUAGGAUCUCCACUGUCUCUCCAGACACCCUUGCUGCUAUCUGACCAGACGUGUAAAUUAUUUAAAUGGGUUUAAGAGCAAACAUGAACGUAUCCACAAUUGGACCAUGGUUUCCUUAUUCACAGUUGUAAGAUUCCAAACUUUCUAAUUUAAGAUCACAUUUUGAGUCCUGGAGCUCCCCAGUGGAGUCCUGGAGCUCAGUGGUUAGGGCACUCGCCUGGCA